AACUGUGUUUUAUUUACAAACGUGAUGCCGGCUGUUUUAAAGUACCGUUCCCAGCUGUUUUAAGUCUUUUUUUUUGUAUUUUUUUUUUUUUGCUCUGUUUCUCGCCUAUUUCCGUGUGGUUUUUACACUACGCGUAUAAUGGCGAGCUCGGCUAACUCGAACCCAGUGCCUAAAUUAUACAAGUCUGUGAUCGAGGAUGUCAUCAGCGAGGUGCGAGAGCUGUUCCUGGAUGAAGGAGUGGAUGAGCAAGUUCUCCUGGAGCUGAAAACGCUCUGGGAAAACAAGCUGCUCCAGUCGAAGGCAGUGGAGGGCUUCCACACGGAGGAGCAGGCAGCCCUGCAGGCCGCCCAGCAGCAGCAGCAGCAACAGCAGCAGGUUCAGCACGUCCAGCAGGUGACGCAGGUGACGCAGCCAGCGCAGGCCCAGCAGGUCAUCCUCCCCCCCCAGCAGCAGCAAGGUGGGUCUGCGCCGCAGUUCGGCCAUGGAAAACGCACUAAACGCCAGACCUGUGACACAUAUUUAUAUAUUUUUUCAUCUGCAGCUCCCCAGCAGCAAGUCAUUGUUCAGGAUCCCAAGAUCCUGCAGCACAUGAGUGCAACAGGGAUGAGUGCAGCAGCGACCGCAGCAACGCUGGCCUUGCCCACAGGCGUCACCCCGUACCAGCAGCUCAUCACCAGCCAGGGUCAGAUCCUGCAGGUGGUCCGCGGUCCCAACGGCACGCAGUACAUCAUCCAGCAGCCGCAGCAGCAGAUCCUCCUGCAGCAGCAGAUGCAGCCCGGCGGCGUGCAGGCGCCCGUCAUACAGCAGGUUCUGACUCCCCUGCAGGGCGGUCUGUCCCAGCAGACGGGCGUCAUCAUUCAGCCGCAGCAGAUUGUCUUAACCCCAGGAAACAAGGUCCAAGGCAACGCACAGGUGAUGCAGGCGGCAGCCAUGGCCCCGCAGCCCGGCCAGGCCCCCCCGCAGCCUCAGGUCCAGCAGGUGCAGCAAGUGCAGCAGGUCCAGCAGGUCCAGGGAGCCGUUGCACCGCAGGCCCCGCAGCCCCAGCAGGCCCAGGCUCAGCCGCAGCCUCCCAUGAUGCUUCAGGUGGACGGCGCCGGGGACACGUCCUCGGACGAGGACGAAGACGAGGAGGAAGAGUACGACGAAGACGAGGAGGAGGAGAAGGACAAGGAGGCCGGAGAGGACGGGCAGGUUGAGGAGGAGCCGCUGAACAGCGGGGACGAUGUCAGUGACGAGGAAGACCAGGAGCUGUUCGACACGGAGAACGUAGUGGUGUGCCAGUAUGACAAGAUUCACAGAAGUAAGAACAAAUGGAAAUUCCACCUGAAGGACGGGAUCAUGAACCUGAACGGCAGAGAUUUCGUUUUCUCCAAAGCCAUCGGGGACGCCGAGUGGUGAGGCGGACAAAAGCCUCGAACUCUGAAACUCCCCGUCCGGUCGACGGAUACUUCAGCUGUCCUUCCAUAUCCUGCGACCGGAUUUCCUUCAGGAAGAAACUUCUGAGUCUUUGAGAACUCUGCCGAACCCCAAAGGAUUGCGAGGUACCGUUUAAAAAGAAAAAAAAAAACCUGGGUGUCAUCCAUCUAAAAACAACAAAACAACACUCGACGAGCCUCGCAGGAUGAGAAACCUACAGGAGGAGGGAGAGCCUGUGAACACAUCAUUGUUUCCCUUCUCUCUUUUUCUCCCCCCCACCUCCCACCAUCCCACCACCACUUCUUCAAGGCUCCUCUUGCCUUUUUUCCUGAGAGAAUUCCCAAAAGUAAGCAUUUCCCGUCACGCAGGUGUUGUGGACCAGGGUGAAGUGACCUGCUCUCGGCCACCGGAGGUCCGAGGUCGUUCGUUGUAACCCCACAGAUGAGAGAAAAACAAACAAAAAAAAACGACAAAAAACACACCUUCUUUUUAAUGCACUGUAGUCGGUUGACUGGAUUGACUCGUGUCUACGUUUAAGUCCAAACUUAGUGCCACCAGUCAAACUCGCUGCCUUUUAGAAAGACCAGAAUCACCUGUUUGUUUUGGCUUCUAAUCUUCUUUUUCUUUUUUUUCUUUUUCUUUUUUGGAUCAUUUCAUCUCUUUUUAUGAAAAUGGUGCUCCAGAGUAUGUCAUGUACUUAAACUAUUAUUGCUUUAUUUUUUUUAUUUUUUUUAAACGUGAUUUAAUGAAGCAAAGGUAAAUUUACAUUAAUCUAUAAGAUAAUAAUUCGGGCUUUCAUUUUUUUUUUUUCUUCUUCCAAAUCAAGAAUACUGUUAUUUCUCUGGAGCUUCAUUCAUCUUUUAUCCUUUUAAAGAAAAAAAAGAAAAGAAAAAAAUUACCAAAAUAAAAUAAUUCAUUUAAGAUCUGUCCAAAAUGUGCAGAAGUUUGCCACAUUAGUGCAUCUUUGCAAUCUUUUAAAUUACAUUUUUUUUUUUUGCUUUUACUUUAGUUCUCUGCAGCCGUCUAAAGAUUUGCACUGUCAGUUUAUCAAUGUGUCGUGAGGUCAGUCUGUUCAGGUAAUCGUCAAUAGCAGCAGCGUCUUUGUUUUCUGUGUGCGUGCGUGCGUGCGUGCGUGCGUGCGUGCGUGCGUGCGUGUGUUUGUGUGUGUGACUGACGGACUGUACAGGCUCAUGGAAACAUCCUACAGUCUCCCAAAUGCCACAGCAGAAGGCGUGAUGUCCAUUCUUUUAUUUAUUGCUGAAAGUUCAUCAUAUGUUCAUUUUUUUUUUCUUUAUUUCUUGUUGAAAGUUUGGAAAGCAGCACCAAACUGUGCUCUUAUCAUCCAGAAAGUGUUCCUUUUUUUUUUUUUUUUUUUUCAUGUUUCUUUUCUUCUUUUCAGUUGGCUGGACAAAAAGCUAAAGUCGCUGUUUUCCAAAUCAUUUCGUCCACCGUUUUCUCUUGUGCUUUCGUUUUAUUCAUGACUUUUAAAAUGAUAUUUUCUAUCAAAGUGAGUUAAAUUGGGGGUGGGGGGUAUGUGAGUGUGUGUGUGUGUUUCUGCAGUUUGUUUUUAGUGCCCCUGUUGCAUCAAUUCGAAAUAAAGUGUUUUUUAUUUUAUUUUAUUUUUGACUGUAACGUCAAUUCGAAUGUUGGUUGAGUUGUACGUUUUUUGAAUAAACCAGAUCAGCACAUACUUUUAAACACAAAAACACAGGUACAGGAGCUGGAAUAGGAAUAAAAUGUAAAAUAAAAUAUUUUUCCACAUUUCCAUAAUUACGAUGUUGCUUCAUGAGUGACGUGCACGGAUAACAGGGCUGUUAAGCUCACGUAGGCACCGGAGGUUAAGUCACCCUGUGAAGUCUCCGGUUCCCUGGAGACGGCGUUCAGUAGCUCCGGGUUUUUUUCCCCAUCUCUGAAAUCAAAGUAGCUCCUCGUCACUGACUCAUUUUACAUUUUUUUUAUUUUUUUGUGCAUCUCCAUCUCUGGUUGUCGCCUGUGCCUUUUUGAACCUUAGUUCAGUUUUCUCUGUGUUCACAGAAUAUUAGAGGAUGGGGACGAUGUCCAUUAAAAUUGUAUUCUUUCUAAGUGUGUGUGUAUGUGUGUGUGUUCUAACUGCUGUUCAGAUAUUUAAAGAAAUGUAAGUUCAUAUUACUCAUUUAAUUUUCUUAAAUUAAAACAUGUUUGGAACAAAA